AUGAAAGAAGGAUUUUACCUUGUGGGUUUGGACAAUACAUCGCCAACAUUUGCUUCUGCUAUGCAGAAUUCUGUUCCUGCUCUUACAUUUCUGAUGGCUGUGAUACUAAGAUACGAGAGGUUGCGCUUAAAUAGGAUAAAUGGUAUUGCUAAGAUUCUUGGAGUACUUGCUUCUGUUGGAGGAGCUUCAAUCAUUACCCUUUACAAAGGACCAACAAUUUAUGCUCCAGAAUCACGUUUAGCAGUACAUCAGAGACGGUUCUUGUUUCUAUUUGAGGAAGCUAAUGGGAAAAUUUUGGGCUUGGGUGGCAUUUUUCUCUUUGGUCAUUGUUUGAGUUGGUCUGGUUGGAUUGUGAUGCAAGCAUUUGUUUUGAAAAAUUAUUCAGCACAACUUACUGUUUCUGUGCACAACUCUUAG